AUGCGAGAGAUCCUCCACAUCCAAGGCGGCCAAUGCGGAAACCAGAUCGGAGCCAAGUUCUGGGAAGUCGUCUGCGCCGAGCACGGCAUCGACCCCACGGGACGUUACACCGGCGACUCAGAUCUCCAGCUCGAGCGCAUCAACGUCUACUACAACGAAGCCAGCUGCGGAAGAUUCGUCCCUCGCGCCGUUCUCAUGGAUCUGGAGCCUGGAACCAUGGACAGUCUCAGAUCUGGACCGUACGGUCAGACCUUCCGUCCUGACAACUUUGUUUUCGGACAGUCCGGUGCUGGUAAUAACUGGGCGAAGGGGCAUUACACUGAGGGAGCUGAGUUGAUUGAUUCGGUGCUUGAUGUUGUGAGGAAGGAGGCUGAGAACUGUGAUUGCCUUCAAGGGUUUCAGGUGUGUCAUUCGUUGGGAGGAGGAACUGGAUCAGGGAUGGGGACUUUGUUGAUUUCGAAGAUAAGGGAGGAGUAUCCUGACCGUAUGAUGCUGACGUUCUCUGUGUUCCCUUCGCCUAAGGUCUCUGACACUGUGGUUGAGCCUUACAAUGCUACCUUGUCUGUUCAUCAGCUUGUGGAGAAUGCUGAUGAGUGUAUGGUUCUUGACAACGAGGCUUUGUAUGAUAUUUGCUUCAGGACUCUCAAACUCACCACACCCAGCUAUGAUGAACAUGAUUUAGUCAUUGUUUCGUAUAGUAAGUUUUGCAAUUUCUUCACGACUGAUGAUGCUCUCGCUAGCUUUACAUAAACAUCCUGUGCUGUGUUAUUUGCUCUGUUUGUUAAUCUUUGGUCAUUUGCGUUGAUCUCAUCACCAUUAAAUCCUUAAGCUAUUGUUCUCUUACUAAUUGCAUAUUACCUUCUGAUUAUAUGGUACGUUAGAAGAUCAUGAUUAUGAGUUGAAAGUACAGUGAUAUCUACUAGCUCUGUUGUUGUCCUUGCAUGUUUAUUU